AUGACAUCCUCUGUUGGGUAUCCAUCUGGUUCUUCACACUCAACAGGUCUAAUCGAUGUUGAUUCACUGUUUUGUGGAAAGUUAUUCAAAGACAAAACAGAAAUGAGAAGUCAGAUGCGGAUGUAUGCAGUCAAGCAUAGUUUUGAGUUUCAUACUUUUAAGUCAGAAAACAAGAGGUAUGUUCUUAAAUGUAUUGAUGAAAAAUGUAGUUGGAGGCUACGUGCAACUAAGGCUAAAGCAUCAGAUAGCUUUGUUGUUCGAAAGUAUAUUAGUCAGCACAGCUGUGACUCUGCUUUAAGGAAUGUUAAUCAUCGCCAAGCAUCUGCAAGGACUUUGGCUGGUUUGGUUAGUAACCAUUUUGCAGGAGGAAAGCUUCCUCUCAGACCCAAACAGCUCAUGGAAAUUUUUAGGAAUGACCAUGGAGUUGGUGUCUCGUACUCAAAAGCAUGGAGAGCUCAAGAACAUGCAUCAGAACUUGCUAGGGGUAUACCUGCUGAUAGUUAUGAGGUUUUACCGAGUUGGUUUCACAUGAUAGAAAAGAAGAAUCCAGGUACUAUCACUUACAUCAAAGCUGAUUCUGAUAAUAAGUUUAGAUAUGGUUUUCUGGCUUUUGGUGCAUCAAUUAGAGGUUUUAAGUUGAUGAGAAAAGUUAUUUCUAUUGAUGGCGCCCAUUUGAAAUCAAAAUAUAAAGGGACUUUGCUUGCUGCAUCAGCUCAGGAUGGUAAUUUUCAGUUGUAUCCUGUUGCUUUUGCCGUUGUUGAUUAUGAGAACGGUGCAUCAUGGGAUUGGUUUUUGCAGUGUUUGAAGAUUAUUAUUCCUGAUGAAAAGGAUCUAAUUUUCGUGUCUGAUCGGGCUUCUUCAAUUGCAACUACGCUUUCAGUAAAUUAUGUACAUGCUCAUCAUGGGAUCUGCACUUUCCACUUGCAAAAGAACCUGGAAACACGAUUUAGAGCUUAUGCUUCUCUUCUUCCAGUAGUUCAUGAUGCUUCAAGAGCUUACACUCAAUAUGAUUUUGAUUAUUUGUUCAGUCAAAUUACCAGUGGUGAUCCGGAUCUUGGAGAAUAUCUUUGGCAAGCUGAUAUUAGGAAAUUGUCACGUGCAUAUUCUCUUUCUAACCGGUACAACAUCAUGACAUCUAAUUGUGCCGAGUCCAUUAAAUCCAGGUUAAAAGAGACUCGCGAGUAUCCAAUUGUCUGCCUGUUUGAGACAAUCAGGUCUAUUUUGACUAGGUGGUUUAAUGAACGUCAUGAGGAGAGCUGUCGACAUCCAUAUGUUGUUACUCCAAAUGUUAAGAAUAAGAUGAAUGAAUUUUAUAAUAAUACUACCCGCUGGCUUGAAGUUAGUCAAGUAAAUGAAAAUGUCUUCGAGGUUAAAGCAGGUUUAAAGACAAAUGUGGUGAAUUUGGACACAAGGAAAUGCACAUGCUGUAUGUUUGAUAUUGACAAAUUCCCUUGUUCACAUGGAAUUGCUGCUGCCAAACAUGUCAAUCUCAAUGAAAACAUGUUUGUUGAUGAUUAUCAUUUCACUGAAAGAUGGUGUUUAGGAUAUUCAAAGAGCAUUCACCCAGUAGGUGAUAUGGAGUAUUGGGAGAUUCCAGAGAGUGUUAGUACUUCUAUUCGGCCACCUUGUACUCGUGUACCUAGUGGCAGGCGAAAGAAAAAGUCUGUGGUGUUGUAA